AUGCAAUUCUCGCUCACUUUCACAUUUCUGAAUCCCUCUUUCUAAUCUUUCCGCCGUUAGGUUUCCGUCUGCUCUUCCGUUUACGUUUCCAUUUCACAGUUUCUCAUUCUGCAUGCUCCAAUCCCUUCAAAUUCAUUAGAUUUGUUGGCUGUUUUGUGUUUCAAACUCCAAUUUUUCAAUAAAAUUGUUAAUUUCUUCUUCUGAGCGGUAGUUGUGGGGAUACCCGUGCUGCUCAGGAGUUUAGGGUUUGUUCCUCCUUUGAUUCAGAUCCCCUUCUGCUUCUUUUGAGGGGGUAGCCGGGGCCUCGGCCUCGGCGGGUUGUAAAGCCCCCUGCCGUUACAAACUUUGGCCAAGUUCAAAUUCACAAACAAUUCUUUUAUUCUUUUUACAAAACAGAAAGAUAACAGAUAUGCCAUCUUUAGCGUUUUCUGUUGCCGCUGCUAUGGCUGCUCUUGCUCCCCCAUCCGGUGUAUCCGGUUACACCGGAUGGGACAGCCCGGAGAACAAUAACAAUGAUAUAUUAUUCUCCGGCGUAGCUCAACCGACUGACAGCUUUGUUCCAGAAGAUUCACUAUUAACAAACUGGACCCCGCCUCAUUCGAGUGCUUUGUACAAAGUUGACGGCUGGGGAGCGCCGUACUUCGCCGUUAACUCCUCCGGCAACGUCACCGUCCGGCCACACGGUAGCUCCACCAUGGACCACCAGGAAAUAGAUCUUUUAAAGGUGGUGAAAAAAGCUACCGAUUCGAAAUCCGUUGGUGGCUUAGAUCUCAAGCUUCCGUUAAUAAUCAGGUUUCCUGAUGUGUUGAAAAACAGACUCGAAUGUCUUCAAACGGCGUUUAAUUACGCCGUUAAGUCUCUGUCUUACACCUCUCACUACCAAGGUGUGUAUCCCGUGAAAUGUAACCAGGACCGGUUCCUGGUUGAGGAUAUUGUCAAAUUCGGAUCCUCGUUCCGGUUCGGGUUAGAAGCGGGUUCCAAACCCGAGCUUCUGUUAGCGAUGAGCUGCUUGUGUAAGGGUGCUUCGGAGUCUCUACUGAUAUGUAAUGGAUUUAAAGAUGCGGAAUACAUUUCGUUAGCUUUGAUUGCUAGAAAGCUAUCACUAAACACUGUAAUUGUUUUGGAGCAAGAAGAGGAAUUGGAUUCUGUGAUUGACAUCAGUUUGAAGCUAGGCGUUCGUCCGGUUGUCGGCGUUCGUGCUAAGCUGAGAACUAAGCAUUCGGGUCAUUUCGGAAGUACUUCAGGGGAAAAGGGGAAGUUUGGUCUUACCACUACACAAAUUGUUCGUGUGGUGAAAAAAUUGUAUCAAUGUGGGAUGUUGGAUUGCUUCCAAUUGCUCCAUUUCCAUAUCGGGUCGCAGAUCCCUUCGACCGCUUUGCUUGCUGAUGGUGUUGGAGAGGCUGCUCAGAUUUACUGUGAACUGGUUCGUCUUGGUGCCAAUAUGAAGGUCAUUGAUAUUGGUGGUGGGCUUGGGAUUGAUUAUGAUGGAUCGAAAUCCGCAAACUCGGAUGUGUCUGUUGCUUAUGGGUUAGAAGAGUAUGCAAUGGCGGUUGUUCAGGCGGUCAAGUUUGUUUGCGACCGUAACUCUGUGAAGCAUCCUGUGAUUUGCAGCGAGAGUGGGCGUGCGCUCGUGUCACAUCAUUCGGUACUUAUAUUCGAGGCAGUUUCUUCGAGCAAGUACAGGGUUCCAACUAUGUCCUCGUUUGAUAUCCAGCAUUUCAUUGAGCAGCUCCCUGAGGAUGCCCAUUCGGAUUAUAAUAACUUAUCGGAGUCUGCGAUUCGAGGCGAUUAUGAAGCGUGUUUGGCUUAUGCUGAUCAGCUGAAACAGAGGUGUGUGGAGAAGUUUAAAGACGGGUCAUUGGAUAUCGAACAAUUGGCUGCUACUGAUGGGUUGUGUGAUUUGGUUGCUAAGGAAAUUGGGGUGUCGAAUCCCGUAAGCACUUAUCAUGUUAAUCUGUCGGUUUUCACAUCGAUUCCGGAUUUCUGGGGGAUAGAACAGGUGUUCCCUAUACUUCCAAUCCAUCGUCUUGACGAACGCCCAACGAAAAGGGGGAUUUUAUCGGAUCUAACUUGUGACAGUGAUGGAAAGAUUGACAAGUUCAUCGGAGGCGAAUCAAGCUUGCCGCUUCACGAAUUGGAGGGCGAAAGCGGGAUGAAGUACUAUUUGGGGAUGUUUUUAGGAGGAGCAUACCAGGAGGCUCUUGGUGGUGUCCACAACUUGUUCGGUGGCCCGAGUGUGGUCCGUGUGUCGCAGAGUGACGGUCCCUUUGGUUUCGCUGUUACCCGAGCCGUCCCUGGCCCGUCCUGCAGUGAUGUUCUCAGAUCAAUGCAACACGAACCGGAGAUCAUGUUCCAGACCCUUAAGCACAGGAUUGAAGAAUUCGUUCACGAUGAAGGCGAUAUGGGUGGUGCGAUGAUCGCGGGUGGAAUCGCGCAGUCUUUCAACAACAUGCCUUACCUGACUGUUGGAUCAUCUUGCUGUCUUACUGCUGCAAAUGGGAACAACGGGUAUUAUUACUGUUCUGAUGAGGAUUUCGCUGGUGGGUCGGAUGCGGUUGCUGGCGAAGAUGAGCCGUGGUCUUAUGUCUGUGCUUGAGGAAAACAAGAUUCUGGGUUGAAUCACUGGUUUGGUUGUUUGUCAAUGAGGUUGUUCUGUUCUGCAAACUUUAGUAUGGUUCUGUUUUUAGUUAAAAGUAGUUAUCUUUUUUAUUUUGUUCUGCUCUCUUUUCUCAUGUGAACAAGAUAUAUAGAGAGAGCUGUUGAACUUUUUGAUAAAUUUGUGAAGAUAGAUUUGGGGGGGACUGUCAUGUCUUCUUCCCCAUCUCUUCCUUCAUGUUGUAGUGCAUUCUCUAUGAUAAUAAAAGUACUUGUUUGCAACUUA